UUAUCCUAGUGUUUUCAGGGUUCCCUAGGAACAAUUAAAAAGAACCGAAAAAAAAAACACAGAUUAAGACAGAAGCAUGGCCAGCCAGCUCGUAGGAACAAAGAGAGCUUGUGUCGUGGGUGGCAGCGGAUUCGUUGCGUCAUUGCUGGUCAAGUUGUUGCUCGAGAAGGGUUUCGCCGUUAACACUACAGUCAGGGACCCUGACAACCAGAAGAAGAUCUCUCACCUUGUAACACUACAAGAGUUGGGAGACUUGAAGAUCUUUCAGGCGGAUUUAACUGAUGAAGGGAGCUUUGAUGCCCCUAUUGCUGGUUGUGACCUUGUCUUCCAUGUUGCGACACCCGUUAACUUUGCUUCUGAAGAUCCAGAGAAUGACAUGAUCAAACCAGCGACUCAAGGAGUGGUGAACGUUUUGAAAGCUUGUGCCAAAGCAAAAACAGUUAAACGAGUGGUCUUGACAUCAUCUGCCGCAGCUGUGUCUAUCAACACACUGGAUGGGACAGAUCUCGUCAUGACAGAGAAAGACUGGACCGAUAUCGAGUUCUUAUCAUCAGCAAAGCCACCAACUUGGGGGUACCCUGCAUCCAAGACGUUGGCUGAAAAGGCAGCUUGGAAAUUUGCUGAAGAAAACAACAUUGAUCUCAUUACAGUUAUCCCUUCUCUCAUGACUGGUCCUUCCCUCACCCCAAUUGUCCCCAGCAGCAUAGGCCUUGCUACAUCUUUGAUUUCAGGCAAUGAAUUCCUCAUAAAUGCUUUGAAAGGAAUGCAGAUGCUGUCAGGUUCGAUCUCUAUCACACAUGUGGAAGACGUAUGCCGAGCCCAUGUUUUUCUGGCUGAAAAAGAAUCUGCAUCGGGUCGAUAUAUAUGCAGUGCUGUCAAUACCAGUGUGCCAGAACUAGCAAAGUUCCUCAACAAAAGAUACCCUGACUUCAAAGUCCCUACCGAUUUUGGAGAUUUCCCCUCCAAACCCAAGUUGAUCAUUUCCUCAGAGAAGCUUAUUAGCGAAGGAUUCAGCUUUAAGUAUGGGAUCGAGGAAAUCUACGACCAAACCGUGGAAUAUUUGAAGUCUAAGGGGCUGCUCAAGUGAAGCGCUCUGACGCUUCCCCAAUGAUUAUGGUGUUUGACUGUUGUGCUAUUGUGAUAAUAUUCGAAUAACUUCAUGCUCUACAAAUGAAGGCAAAACCGUGUGGCGUUUGUCAUCUAUUUUGAUUAUGAAUUUCUAUCACCUCAUGUCCUACAAAUGAAGCAUGCAUUUUGAUCUAA